CAUGUUCUAAGUCUAAUUUGAUACAAUAUCAGAGUUUGAACACGAUUAAAACAACAGUUUUUAGGAUGAAGAAUCCAAUAUCAACAUCUUCACUUAACAUUAACUUGGCUUAUUCAAAAAACCAAGUUACUUGGUUGAGAAUGAAGAGAUUAAUCUAAAUAAUAACUAUGAAUGCUCAACAGUAGAGUAGACUGAAACUUCUGAACAUUCUGAUAACUCUUUUGAGCAUAUUCCAAUACUAAAAUUUCCUUCAAAAGAACUUGCUCCUCCAAUUAAUGCUGAUUAACAUUUGUUUAACUUAGAUAUGAAAUACUAUCCAAGCACUUCUCAGGAGAAUUUUAUUUUGAAUUUUAUUAACAAAGAUGACUUACAAAGAAUAAAAAUAGGUUUAGAUUAUAAGAUAUUGGAUGAUCCAUAAACUUUAAAAUUUGAAAAUUGGGUUUAAUAAUUGUGUAAUACUAAAGCCAAUUAAAAAGAGAUGUAAAGGAAAUUGAAAGUAAAGAAAUACUUAGAGAAGAAACAUAGUAGAACUUUUGGGAAAAAAGUGCAUUAUCAUAUUAGAUAAAAGGUAGCAGAAGAGAGAUUAAGAAUAAAGGGGAGAUUUGUUACUUGGAAAUAGGUACAAUAAAAAUAUAUAUAAUGUAGGCUGUAAAAAUGUUAGAGAAAUCUGAUACUAAAAGAGAAUGGACUCAUAGUGAUUAUUUCAAAAUAAAGAUAUUGUUAAAUGAAAAAUAUUGUUAAUGAG